ACAAACAGGCAAUGGCGAGACACGAAGGCCUUGCUGACAAGUCCUCGAGUAGAUUCGAGGACAUUUCUCGGCCGGGAAGACCCUCCUCGCCCCCACACAAGGACAUGGAGUUCCUGCGGGCGCUGAAGAAGGACGUGAUGGUGGCGAGGGAGCAGUGUUACCUCCGAGGACUCCUACAGACGACCAAGUGGUUGAGUGAGCUCCUUUACUGUGUCCGCGAUGUGAAGUUAGAGGAGGCCAUCCCAUCAUCAUACUCCUACUAUGAUCAGUUAGGAGACGAGCUAGACCACUAUCAUCUGGCAAAGUCUUAUUUUGAUCUGAAAGAAUAUGACAGAUGUGCCUACUUUACCGAAGACUGUACAACAGAUUUGGGGAAGUUCCUCCACUUAUAUUCGCAGUAUCUUUCCGGAGAGAAGAAAAAGAAUGAGGAUAUUGUCGACCCAUUGGUCACCAACGACCAGCACAAAGGAGCCUACCUGAAGGACCUACACACAGAACUCUCAAAGAUGUACAACCAGCACUCAUCUGCACCAGAAUCUAGUGAGGGUGAGAUGGAUGCCUGGUUGCUGUGGUUGUAUGGGGUAGUUCUCAAGCGCCUGGACCUCACAAGACAAGCAGUGGAGGUCUUGUGCCAGGCCCUCCACCUCGAGCCCCUGCACUGGGGUGCGUGGCUAGAGCUGGCUGCCCUUAUCACCGACAGAGAAAUGUUGAGCACGCUGAAACUCCCAGAUCACUGGAUGCGCAAGUUAUUCCUCGCACACACAUACCUGGAGCUGCAACUGAAUGAUGAGGCUCUGGAGAUCUACACCGGCCUGCAAGAAGCUGGUCUCUCCCACUCGACAUAUAUCAUGGCUCAGGUAGCCAUCACACACCACAAUCAGAGAGAGGUCGACCAAGCCGUGGCGAUCUUCAACGAGCUAGAGUCACUUGACCCAUUCCGUCUGAACAAUCUGGACACAUACUCGAACUUGCUUUAUGUCAAAGAAAUGCGGGUGGAGCUGUCACACUUGGCACACAGAGUAGUGCAGGUGGAUAAGUACCGGGUGGAAACAUGUUGCGUCAUAGGCAACUACUACAGUUUACGCUCACAGCAUGAGAAGGCCGUACAGUAUUUCCAGAGAGCACUGCGACUUAACCCUCACUACCUAGCUGCAUGGACACUCAUGGGGCACGAAUACAUGGAGAUGAAGAACACAAGCGCAGCAAUCCAGUGUUAUCGACAGGCUAUAGAUGUUAACAGAAGAGACUACAGAGCAUGGUAUGGCCUUGGUCAGACAUAUGAAAUCCUUAAACUUCCUGCCUAUUGCCUUUACUAUUUCAAACAGGCCCAGAAACUACGCCCCAAUGACUCAAGGAUGCUCGUCGCCCUUGGGGAGAGCUACGAGAAGCUGGAGAAGACAGAUGAGGCCAAGAAGUGCUUCUUGAAGGCCCACAGUGUAGGAGACAUUGAGGGCAUUGCAUUGAUGCGGCUGGCAAAGCUGUACAGUCGCCUAGGGGAGGGAGAGCAAGCGGCUGUCCUCUAUGAGCGUUACCUGCAAGAGACAGAAGAUGCAGACCGGUGUGAGGACAGAGGCCAGGUGUACCAAUUCCUGACGAGUCAUCACCUGCAGAAGAACAUGCUUGACCUUGCCUAUGACUAUGCCCAGAAGUGCACUCUGUUUAUGGAGACACGAGAAAGUGGGAAGACCAUGCUGAGGGAAAUUGCCAACAGAAGACAACACAUAGAGCAGAAUACACAGGACGACUGUGGGAGCGUGCUUGUGAGCCGAGUAAGGCCUAGAGUCAGUCACGGAGGAGAUCGCUCAGCAGCCACCAGAUUGCCGCCACUCAACCUCACCUACACACCUUAAGGCAAACCAGCAAGCAAGAAAGCAACAAAAUGUCCUUUCAUUGUAUUUUCUGACUUUCCCUCUUUCAUCAAUCAAUCGCUCUUUCAUCAUGGUUUCAUCAUUUCAUUGAUACCUGUGUGUAUUUGGUUGGCAAGGUAAAAGUUUCAUGCUUACUAAAUUGAACUCUUUGUGUAUUAAAUACAUAUUAUGAAUAUUA